CUGCUUGAGAAUAUUCUGUCUAGUUGCUAGGAGGUUGCCAAUGGCCACAUUCUGUUUUGGAGUGGUAGAGUUAGUGUCAGUUUAGAAGUAGACUAUUUGGGAAAGCAGUGUGCUGAAACCACUCCAAAAUGGAGCAAAGGCCUCUGAAGAAGCUGGUGGAAUCCAUCAGUAAAACUGUCAAGAGCUUCAAGAAAAGUGAGGUUGAAUGUCUCAUACGCCUUUUCUGUAGCUUGGCGGAAAGACCUAGUGGAAAUCUUGCUAAUGCCAGACUAGACUGCAACACAUUUCGGGGGAUCCUACACAACAUAUUUGGAAUGACUGAUGAUACGUUGAUGAAUAGGGUGGUUCUAUGUAUUGACAAAGACAGUGAUAACUAUAUAAAUGUACAAGAGUGGGUUCAAUGCAUUGUCAGUGUUUCUCGAGGAACUUUUGAAAAGAAAGAUGAAAUUCUGUUUGAAGUUUAUUAUUUAACUGGAGAUGGUUAUAUUUCCCGGGAAAAGAUUUUUGACAUGUUGAAGAAUAGUCCUCUCCCAGCAGUCCCCCGAAAGAGAAAUGAGGAAGGAAUAAGGGAGCUGGUGGAUAUAAGCCUGAAGAAAAUGGAUCAUGACAAUGAUGGCAAGAUCUUUGCAGACUUUGAAAAAGCGGUUAAAAAGACAGGCUUUGUUGAGGCCUUUGGACCAUGUCUACCAGAUGCAAAGGUAGUUAGAUGAGAGAAAAGAAGAUGAGAGAAAAAUUUCAUUAAAAUUAUAUGUGUGUGCAUGUGUGUAAGGUGUGCAUGCCAUGUGCUGGCCAGAUUUUAUGCCAACUUGACCACAAGCUAGAGUCAU